AUGUACAAGGUCUUCGAACGGAUCAUCCUGGAUCGGCUUAUCAAACAUCGCGAAGAGGUCGCCCGUGAUGAACAAGUCGGCUUUCGUCUUGGUCGACCUACGAUUGAUCAGGUGUUCAUUGUCAGGAGAGUAGAUGAAAUGUGGCAGCGGCACUCGAAGCCUACCCAGUUAGCCUUCGUAGACUUCAAAGCCGCUUUCGACUCUCCUAAGCGAGGCCGUCUUUUCAUUGUGCUUUGCGGCGAUGGUAUUCCGGAAAAACUGAUUUGUUUAAUCAAGGGCAUGAAUUCCUUAACAACUGCUGCUGUUCGAACAGCAGCUGCACUCACUUCUGAAAACUGA